UCGAGAUCGGUUGCACGCGGUCGCUUCGUAAAUACGUGUAUUCGUUAUAUCAAAUAAAUUGAAGUUGGUUUAGUGCACUCGUGUUAUUUAUCUCAUCUCUAAUCUCAAUACUAGUCAGAUUUGCUCUCGACUGUACAAUCGUCCGCAAAAAUUGGCAUAUUGAAAUUGUGGGUAGUGGCGGCUCGAUGCAAGAAGAAGCCGCAGCCAGCAGCUAACAGUUGCGGCACCCUCGUAACCCAAUUUAGAAGAGGACACAAAAGAGUAUUCGGUGAUAUUGAGCCGUGAGAUGCGACCUACUUGCAAACCGACCGACCGUUUCUGCCUUACCUUUUCCUCUUCUUCUUCUUCCUCCUUCGAGUCCGUGUGUUUUGCGCGCCCUUCUUUCGCGAUACUUUACGCUAACUCUACAUAUUAUCGAAACACGUUUCGACUUUUACUCUUUGGCAAACUGCAUCGGUGACGCUGUAAGAACUAACCUUUACUUCGAUAUAUAUUCACGACUUAUACUUGUCGGUGAUGUUACGUGUUUCGACUGAUUUAUUGUUUUAAUUAUGCAGCGUGAUUCUGUUGUGAUAUUGCAGUGAUACGUCAAUUUAUGCAACAUGGCGUCGUACGAUAUCGUUAGGGAAUCGAACCGCGGUCGAUAUCGUAAUCGAAGUAUCGAGUGACAAGUGCGUAGUUAGUCGUUUUCCCUCCUUUUUUGUGUCCGUUGCUUCGUGCGUGCUUUGCUGACGUUCCUGUUUUCAUUUAAUUUUGCUAGAACUGAAGGGUCCGGAGAGCACGAAGGCGAGAAGAAAUGAGUUGGACGUGACACAAUGACAUGAUGAAGAGCCUGGUGGGGAUCAUGUGGAUAGUGUUGGUGCUCAUAUCAGGAUGCUCAGGAAAUCCAGACGCGAAGCGACUGUACGACGACCUCCUGUCGAAUUACAACAAGCUGGUUCGUCCAGUGGUCAACGUCACAGACGCCCUCACCGUUAAAAUCAAGCUCAAACUCUCGCAGUUGAUCGAUGUUAAUCUCAAGAAUCAGAUCAUGACGACGAACCUAUGGGUCGAACAGUCGUGGUACGAUUACAAGUUAAAAUGGGAUCCAAAGGAGUAUGGUGGUGUUGAAAUGCUGCACGUGCCAUCCGAUCAUAUAUGGAGGCCCGAUAUAGUUUUGUACAACAAUGCUGACGGUAAUUUCGAGGUGACGCUGGCAACGAAGGCGACGUUAAAUUACACAGGGAGAGUCGAGUGGAAGCCACCGGCGAUAUACAAGUCUUCCUGUGAGAUCGACGUAGAAUAUUUUCCGUUCGACGAGCAGACGUGCGUCAUGAAGUUCGGCUCGUGGACUUACGAUGGCUUCCAGGUCGAUCUUCGACACAUCGACGAAAUCCGUGGCAGCAACGUCGUCGACAUCGGCGUCGAUCUGUCGGAGUUUUAUACUUCCGUCGAGUGGGACAUCCUCGAAGUCCCAGCCGUGAGAAAUGAAAAAUUUUACACGUGCUGCGACGAGCCUUACCUCGACAUAACGUUCAACAUCACCAUGAGACGGAAGACUCUGUUUUACACCGUCAACCUCAUAAUACCGUGUAUGGGUAUCUCGUUUCUUACGGUGUUGGUCUUCUAUCUGCCAAGCGACAGUGGCGAGAAGGUCAGCUUAUCAAUUUCGAUUUUACUGUCGCUGACUGUGUUCUUCCUUCUGCUGGCCGAAAUUAUCCCGCCCACAUCGCUCGUGGUACCGCUUCUCGGUAAAUUCGUCCUUUUCACCAUGAUCCUAGACACCUUCAGUAUAUGCGUAACCGUGGUAGUCCUCAAUGUUCACUUCCGGUCGCCACAGACACACGUGAUGGCACCGUGGGUCCGUCGUGUUUUUAUCCAUGUUCUGCCAAGGCUACUGGUGAUGCGCAGGUAUAAUACGUCUUCGAAGAGAACCGAUUACGAUUCCAGGCCGCAGUACCAGAUAGACAAACGUAGCAUGUCUGGUCAUCACGGUCAACGUGUAAUGGUUAGAACGUGCAACGGUCUCGAGUUACGAGAUCCAUCUCUGUUCGUAGAGACCUCGGCGUCGGAGCUGGUUGAAUCUUCCGUUUUGUUCCCGAGUCUCGAUUCGCGGGACGAAUUACAUCCUCGGGAAUUAGAAGCGGUAAACUUGGGAAGUGCGUGUCGUAUUCAUGGCUCACCAGCGGCCACAGCUGCUCCUCCGCCUCAACUCCCUACCGAGGAGAGCGUGGACGCUCUCUGUAACACGCUUCAUCAUUGGCAUCACUGCCCAGAACUGUACAAGGCCAUCGAAGGCAUCCGUUUCAUUGCCGACCAUACGAAAAGAGAAGAGGACUCUACUAGAGUGAAAGAAGAUUGGAAGUACGUCGCGAUGGUGCUCGACAGGCUAUUCCUGUGGAUUUUUUUUUUAGCCGUGGUCGUCGGCACAGCGGGAAUCAUCCUCCAGGCCCCGACGUUGUACGACGAUCGCAUCCCCAUCGACGUGCGACUGUCCGAGAUCGCCUCUACCACUGCCAAGCCACACAUCGUCACGAGCCUCUGAGAGACAAUUGUUCAAUUUCGUUAUCCUCACGUACAACGCAUGCUCACGUACAUACACCCACACACAAACACGUAUACAAUGUACGCAACAACGCGAGGAAGAUACAUUAUACGUUCGUGUUGACCAGGGACUUUUACAAGAACCGUGUAUUCUCAAGAACUUCGGUGUACUCGAACGUACGAUGCUUCUAACGUUUUCGUUUACACCUAGAUUCUUGAAAGUACCCAAUACUUGCGUUUCUAUCGCUUUUACCUACUUACGUUAUCGACUCAUUCAUCUGGUUCGAGUUACAAUUUUCGUUGUAAUGCUCUUAUCGAACGAGGAAGUUUCAUUAAUGAUCAAAUACUCUCAUAAGUGAUCUGAACGAGAAGGAUAACGAAUUUACGUGUGGCGUAUCGUCCCUUUUCAUGCUAGAUCUAUCAAUGUGUUUACGAGUUCAGUUUUAACGUACAUGUCUCUUUUGGUAAUUAGUAUAGAAAAGGACAUUGUCCUCGGUGACCUUGAAGUAUAUUGUCAAGGAUGUCAUUCUGAAUUUUUCUCUAUGCAUAUAGAAAAUGCCGCUGGCUUUAAUUUCAGAGAUAUUCAGAGACAUUUAGAAUGUUCCUGACUAUGUGUUUCAAGGUCAUGGAAUGUCCUUUUUAUAUAUAAUUGUCGUCCCUUUUUGUACCUAACUUUAUGUCAAAAUGACAAUCAUGUUGCAUAGCAACGGUGAUUAUAUCCAACACUUUAUAAAUUUG